AUGAGUGGGGUUGAAGCAAUCGGAGUCAAUAAACCACGAAAUAACUCAGAUGGAGUUGAUAAAGGACUACGAGGGAAUGGAACAGUGACCACCGUGUCUAGGGCAGAAUUAGAUCAAGCUCAAUUAGUUGUGUUGCAAAAUAAUCCUGAGAUUCAAUCAUAUAUAAUUGAUCACAUAGAGUUAUUACGGUCGAUGAUUCCAAACAAGAUUAAAAAUAAACAAAAAUGGGUUAUAGAUGAGCAUAAUAAAACGUUUUGCCAGUGGCUGAAGAAUACAAUUUUGACGAAGUUGGGAGAAAAAAAUCAUGGACUGUCGACUGAGUUGAAGCGCAUAUCUCUUGGAGCAAGCAUUGAUGUAAUAAACCAUCAAGCUUACAUUGUUGAAGGGAAACGAUUUCAUACUAAGUCAAGAGAUGAUGCUUGGCUGGUUCAAAAUAGUGGAGUAAGUGUAGUCGCAGAAGCUAUGCAUUUUGCCAGUGCAAAAGAUAAUAACCCAAUUUCAGGCACAAUGACAUACUACGGGGUUGUUGAAGAAAUAUGGGAGCUAGAUUAUUCAUUAUUUCGUAUUCCUCUUCUUAAAUGUUCUUGGGUAGACAACAAUACUGGAGUUAAAACUGACGAACUUGGAUUCACUCUGGUUGAUUUAAGCAAGAAGGGAAGCAAGAACGAUCAUUUUAUCAUGGCUUCCCAAGCGAAACAAGUGUUUUACAUUCUUGAUCUAGUUAAUGAUAAAUGGUCCAUUGUUUUAUCAGUUCCCGAGCGGUAG